AUGGCCUCCUCCUCCUCCUCCUCCUUCAGCUCGGCAAUUAUGAUUCUCCUCUUCACGACAGCUUUAGCCACUGUCGGUUCAGCUAACUACAUUUUGGACUCCGGGAAGUUCCUAAAUCCAGGCGAAAGCCUUCAAAACAAUGUCUUCGCAUUGGUCAUGCAGAAUGAUUGUAACCUCGUCCUCCUCUACCCUGAAUCCAAAUCUAUAAUAUGGGAGUCAGGGACCGCGGCCGAAGGCUCCGACUGCACUCUCCAGAUGCAAUAUGAUGGAAACCUCGUCAUCUACCGUGACUUUAACGCAGCAGCUAUUUGGGCUACCAACACCAAGCAAGCAAAUAAAGAUAUUUAUCAUCUCGUCCUCCAAAGCGAUCGCAACCUCGUCAUCUAUGAUAAUAACGGAAAGGCUCUUUGGGACACAGACACUAGCCUUGGCAAAUGA